AGUUUCUAGGCUCUUGCGAAGAGCUCAAAUAGGAGAAGAGACAAGAUGGCAAACGAAGCUGCAGCAGUUUCACCAGAAGAAGAGGAAUCGCCCAAGCAUCGUCAUGGCCUUCUAACACCAUCAAAUUCAAUUUCUCUUCCUAAUGUCACCUAUGUCGAUAUCUCUUCAAGAGCCGAAGAUAUUCAAGCUGGGUUGAUCGAUACGUUUCUCAAUCUCGAAAAGAUCGACAAGAACCUGUUUCUCGCUCGCCACCUACUGAAAGGUAGGAACUCUCUUCCAGUUGUGUAUGGCGGGCAGGUUAUCGGCCAGGCCCUUUCCGCUGCCACGGCCACCGUUGGCAGUGGAUUCCUUCCGAACAGUCUUCACAGUUACUUCGUCCAAGGUGGCAAUGUGAACAUGCCGAUACUUUACACGGUUGACCGCAUUCGUGACGGUAAAAGCUUUUGCACUCGACUAGUGAAGGCGGUACAAAGUGGAGACGCAAUCUUCACCGUGCAAAUCUCUUUCCAUAAGCCUGAGCCGGACUCAAUCAAGCACCAAGUCGAAAUGCCACAGGUUCCUGGGCCGGAUGGUCUGCUAGAUUGGAAUCAGCUCAUGGAACGAGCACAAAAGGAUCCUCAACUUCAUCCAGCUGCUGCAGCUAUCAUACGCUUCAAGCGCAAGGAAAUUCCUCCAGCGUUCUUUAGAAUCUUCACGUUCCGACCGGUGAAUUUUAACAACUUUUUGUCCCCACCCAAGCAGAGAAACAUGGAGCUAGAAAAGGACAGCUUCCGAUCGUAUGUAUGGAUUAGGGCUAACGAAAACAUUGGUGACGAUCCACGACUUCAUGUUGCUGCUGCGGCGUAUAUAUCUGAUGCCACUAUGAUUGAAACGGCACUAAGACCACAUAGCAGAAAAGGCUUUAUUCCUUCGAUGGCCCUAACCUUGGACCAUUCGAUCUGGAUGCAUAAUGGACAAUUCAGAGUUGAUGAAUGGCUUCUCUAUGAAAAUCACUCGACCAUAGCAAGUGGUGGUCGCACUUUGAUCGAGGGUAAACUCUGGACUCUUGAUGGUCGCCUGGUAUUCUCCACCGCUCAGGAAGCUCUCAUCCGUGCUCCAAAGGAAAAAUCAGCAGAGAAUGGGACCAAGUAACCGUAGCUUUCGCUAAGUUUUGCUUGCUUCGUAUCAGUAUUUUCCGAUCUCCUCUAGUCCCUUUAUCGCACUUCUGGUCAAGAUGGUUGUUACUUUAUUUACACUGAGCUUAUGCUUUAGCAUCUCUUGAUUAGCGCAAUUUGACCGAAUGACAUUUUUCAUGGCAUAAUGGAUAGGGUUAUACAUUGCAAUCAGAAUCUUAAGUAUAUGGGAAUUGAAAUUCACUUUAGAUGUGUUGACAUACUGUAUUGUGAGCUUAUGAUUAGUGCUAGGUAUAAUUUGGUUCAUGGAGGUUUUCGCUACUAGGCCACUAUUAUUCCCUCACUUCUUUCGAUAUGGUGAGA